CCCCUUCCCUUUCGGAUGUGGCAAAUGUUUUUCAGGAAAUGCUUAAGUGAAACCACCCCGCGAAUCACGCAACUGCUGCAACAACACGUUCAGUUUACAAGUGUAGCAGUUAUUACCGGUGUUUUUUAUUUUUUAAGAUGUCUGCGGCGGUUUGCAAGGAAACAGCGGAACAUCCCAGACUCCUAAAGCUGUCAUCCGCCCUGUUUUACGCCGGUAGUUCGUUUCUGAUUACCGUGGUGAACAAAACCGUGCUGACCAGCUUCAGAUUUCCAUCCUUCCUGUUUCUGGGAAUUGGACAGAUGAUUACCACGAUUGUCGUUCUUUAUUUGGCCAAAAUAAACAACACGGUGAAGUUUCCAGACUUUGACAGAGGCGUUAUUUUAAAAAUUUUCCCUCUGCCAUUGCUGUAUGUUGGAAACCAUGUAACGGGACUGGCGAGCACCAAAAAACUCAGUUUACCCAUGUUUACAGUCUUACGGAAAUUCACCAUACUGAUGACAAUGAUCCUGGAAGCUUAUUUGUUAGGGAAAACAUUUUCAAGAAGUAUCAUUUGCAGUGUUGUGACAAUAGUCUUCGGGGCCAUGGUGGCUGCAAGUUCUGACCUGGCCUUUGACGUGGAGGCCUACACUUUCAUUCUGCUUAAUGAUGCCUUCACUGCAGCCAAUGGUGUUUACACCAAGAUGAAACUUGGUGAUCAGGGCCUUGGGAAGUACGGCGUCUUAUUUUACAAUUCGCUGAUCAUCGUCUUUCCAACUCUCUUGGCCAGUGCAUUCACUGGAGAUUUACACAAGGCACUCUCAUUUGAGGACUGGAGCAAUGUUACAUUUAUUCUCUGUUUCCUUGUGUCCUGCUUCAUGGGAUUUGUAUUGAUGUACUCAAUAGUCCUCUGCAGCUAUUAUAACUCAGCACUUACAACUACAGUUGUAGGGGCCAUAAAGAAUGUGGCCGUAGCUUAUAUCGGCAUCUUUGUGGGUGGAGAUUACCUGUUCUCCUGGACUAACUUCCUCAGCCUCAGCAUUUGUAUGUCAGGAGGACUAGUGUACUCAUACCUCACCUUCAGCAGCAGUCAAUCACCGGGGAAAAAUGCAGGAGGAACACAAGAGCAGAAGAUUCCCAUUACCGACGAUUCAUCAAGGACAUAGAGAUGGGAACUCUAACCACUAGGUGGCGUUAUCCUGCUUCACAUUGAAGCAUUUUAUUAAUUCAACACCAUGUGUCUCUUUUUAUAUUAUGAAUUGAUCUACUAACAUGCAUUCCUAAUGCUAUUUAAUCUGGAUUUUAAACUAACACCGAAUAAACAAGAAGUGCCACAAACAA